AGCACAGUCGCACUCUGGCCCAUCAUGAGCUCGUCCAGCAAGAUCGGCCGCGGCCUGGCCAAGGCAGUCGGCAUCGACGUCGACUACCGCCAGAAGAACGAGCCCGCAGAACUCGUCCGCACUGCCGCCGGCAGCAUCCACAAUGUCGACACCUUUGAGGAGCCCGAGCCGACUCUCGGCGAGGUCCUGCGCGACAUUGUCCCCACGGCCUCGGGCGUCCGCCACUAUUUCCGCAGCCUCUUUCCCUUCCUCAACUGGAUCCUGCACUACAACUACAAAUGGGGUCUCGGUGACUUCAUUGCCGGCGUCACGGUCGGCUUCGUCGUCAUCCCGCAGGGCAUGGCCUAUGCCGUGCUCGCGGGCCUGCCCGUCGAGUACGGACUGUACACUUCCUUUGUCGGCUUCAUCCUCUACUGGGCCUUUGCUACCUCCAAGGACAUCACCAUCGGCACCGUCGCGGUCAUGUCUACCCUCGUCGGCAACAUCAUCGCCCGAGUGACCGCCGCGCAUGGAAACGAGUUCCCCCCCGAGAUGAUUGCUCGUGCCUUGUCGGUCAUCUGCGGCUCCGUGCUGCUCUUCCUGGGUCUGUUCAGGCUUGGCUGGAUCGUCGAGCUCAUCCCCCUGGUCGGCAUCACCUCCUUCAUGACGGGAGCGGCCAUCAACAUUGCCGCUGGCCAGGUGCCCAAGAUGCUCGGCAUCUCCACCGUCAACACUCGCCAGGCCACCUAUUUGGUCAUCAUCCAGACCCUCCAGGCCCUCCCCACCGCCAAGGGGCUCGAUGCCGCCAUGGGUGUGUCGGCUAUGGUCUUUCUUUAUAUCUGGAAGUGGACCACCGCCUAUCUGGGCAACAAGCAGCUGCACCGUCAGAAGCUGUGGUUCUUCCUGGGCACAUUACGCAUGGCAGUCGUCAUUAUCCUCUACAUCCUCAUCAGUUGGCUUGCAAACAGAGGCGUGACCGACAAGAAGAAGGCCAAGUUUGAUAUCCUCGGAGUUGUUCCCAGUGGCUUCCAAGUACACAAUGCGCCCACCAUCACACCUAGCCUCCUCUCGGCCAUCGGCAGCGAGAUCCCCGGUGCCCUCAUCGUCCUCAUCAUCGAGCACAUCUCCAUCUCCAAGUCUUUCGGACGCGUCAACAACUACGUCAUCGAUCCUUCCCAGGAGCUCGUUGCGGUCGGCUUCACCAACGUCCUCGGGCCGUUCCUCGGUGCUUAUCCCGCGACAGGCUCCUUCUCCAGAACGGCCAUCAAGUCCAAGGCUGGCGUGCGCACCCCGCUGGCUGGUAUCUGGACCGCGCUUAUCGUCCUUCUUGCUCUCUAUGCGCUCACCGGCGUGUUCUUCUUCAUCCCCUCUGCCAGUUUGUCCGGUCUAAUCAUCCACGCCGUCGGCGAUCUCAUCACCGCGCCGAACGUGGUCUACCAGUUCUGGCAGGUGUCUCCCCUCGAAGUCCUCAUCUUCUUCGCGGGUGUGAUCGUCAUGAUCUUCGCCGACAUUGAGACAGGCAUCUACGUCACCAUGGGCGUGUCUGCCGCCGUCUUGCUGGUCCGCAUCGCCAAGGCACGUGGCGCCUUCUUGGGCCAGACGAGAAUCUAUCGUGUCAACGGCGACGAGCCUGUCGAUAGGACCAAUUCCGAGACUGUGUCCCGCUUGGCUUAUGUGCCACUUGAUCAUCGAGACGGCUCGAACCCCGAGAUUGACGUGCACACCCCUUACCCGGGAGUCAUCGUCUACCGCUUCAAGGAGGGCUUCAACUACCUCAAUGCUGGCCGCCACAUGGACAUCUUGACGGCAUGGGCGAAGCAAGAGACUCGGCCCACCAUUGUUGACAAGAAUCUCGCUCUGGGAGACCGCCCCUGGAACGACCCGGGCCCGCGCCGCGGACAACACUUCAACGUGGACGAUAACCGGCCCACCCUGCGCGCCAUCGUCCUCGACUUUUCCGCUGUCAAUGCUGUUGAUGUCACCUCGAUUCAGGCUCUGAUCGACACGCGCAACCAGCUCGACCGCCACGCCUCGCCCGACCCCGUCGACUGGCACUUUGUCUCCGUCACCAACCGCUGGACCAAGCGAGCCCUUGGUGCCGCCGGCUUCGGUUUCCCCAGUGCCAAGGUUGUCAACCGGCUCGGCAACUGGAAGCCAAUCUACAGCGCGGCCGCCACGAGCGACCAGGUUGUGCGAAACAUAUACCCCACAAAGGGUGGAGAGCUGGGUCAGGAUGUGGAGGUUGGCGUGCAGCCCGAGGCUGGGGACAAGAUCUCCCCCAUCGGCUCCAGCAACAACAGCAUCCGCAAGGAGUCGAGCACGACGGCGUUGCCAGGAAAGGUUGCCGUUGUCGGCGGCAUGAACCGGCCGUACUUCCACAUUGACCUGCAGGCUGCGGUGGAGAGUGCUGUCACCCACAUUGAGGGACGCGUGCCCGCCGAGGAGUAGUUUUGGAUAAUAUGUUGCAGUUAUAGUGAUACCUGAGCAGGCUUAAUUUGAGAUACCCAAUAUGAUGUUGUUGCCUUGCG